CAGCUGGGGCUUGGCUGGCUGCGGCUGCCCUGAGCGACCUCCUUGGGUUUUCCUGGAAGCGGCGCGGGGCGGGAAGGACCAAAUGAGCAAGAAUGGAAGAAGCAGCAGGUUCGCUACAGAAGAACCGGUCUGCCGGCUUGGGGCAGGAGCAGCAGCAGCAGCCGGAGGGGGGCCUCUAUCCCUUUUGGGUGGUGACCCUCCUUGCCCUUGUCCUCAUCAUUACCAUUGCUGUGGACAUCUUGGGCAACCUCCUGGUGAUACUCUCCGUCUACAAGAACAAGAAGCUGAGGAAAGCAGGAAAUGCCUUUGUGGUCAGCUUGGCUGUUGCAGACUUGCUGGUGGCUUUGUACCCCUACCCGUUGGCCCUGAUUGCCAUAUUCCAUAAUGGCUGGGUAAUGGGCUACCUCCACUGUCAGGUCAGCGGAUUCUUGAUGGGCAUGAGUGUCAUUGGCUCCAUCUUCAACAUCACUGGCAUCGCCAUUAACCGUUACUGCUACAUCUGCCAUAGCCUGAAGUAUGAUAGGUUCUUCUCCCUCAACAACACACUCUGCUACGUGGGGCUAGUUUGGGCUCUUACCUUGCUGGCGAUCAUGCCAAACCUCUUUGUGGACUCGCUGAAAUAUGACCCACGGGUGUAUUCCUGCACUUUUGCCCAGUCUGUGAGCUCCCUUUACACUAUCAUGGUGGUAGUGGUCCAUUUCUUCUUGCCCAUCACCAUUGUCAGCUACUGCUAUCUAAGAAUCUGGGUCCUGGUGCUCCAGGUGAGGCGGCGAGUCAAGCCAGACAUCCGACCCCGAAUGAAGCCCCAUGACUUCUGGAACUUCCUCACCAUGUUUAUGGUCUUUGUGCUCUUUGCUGUCUGUUGGGCACCGCUGAACUUCAUUGGCUUUAUAGUAGCGCUAAAACCUACACUGGGUUCCUCCAUACCGGGAUGGCUCUUCACAGCCAGCUACUUCAUGGCAUACUUUAAUAGCUGCUUGAAUGCUGUGAUUUAUGGAGCACUGAAUCACAAUUUCAGGAAGGAAUACAAGCGAAUCAUACUAACGCUGUGCCAGGCUAGCUUGUAGAACCAACUGAAAGGAAUCCACUGAAUCCAAAUGGAAUCAGAUGAUUAGAUUUCAUCACAUACAGCUGUACCAAGUUUACCGUGGUACUUUAUGGCCCACGAGAAAUUAACUAAGAACACAAUUCUAUAUAAAGGUUGCCUGCAACAAGGUGAAAAAUGACCUGCCACAGUUGGACCUCUCUGAGUGCAAUUUGGUUUGAAAGUAGCACUUUAAGGCAUAAUUGGCAUAGCGAAUAUCAACAUCCUUAGUCCCUCUCAAGAGUAAAGCUAUUUUAAAAAAUGGUAACUGAUAGACCUGAAUCAAGCACUUCUUUGUAACUGAUGUAUGUUAUUAAUUCCACAAAUUGUUCUCACAGUUUUCUGAUUUGUAUUCCAUAAUCCUGCUGAGGCUGAGAUUGCUUUGGAGAAGUUAUCCAGUAUCCACAAAAUGGAUUUUGUUGGAUGCAGCCCAGAGACUGUUUGUGUUGUUAAUGAAGCUGGGCUGGGAUAAAUCUCAGAGCAGUGCUUUUUCACUCUGAAGAUUUGCACCAAAUGGUACUGAUGCAAAGAAUACGGCCUGCGCAGGUAAACAGGUUUCAGUAUACUGAUUAGCUUUUCUGCUGGGUGCACAAAAGCCAGAAUUGUGGAGGAAAAUAGAUUGCGUAAUCCAACACCAUAAUGCAUGCAUAGCCCAUGUGCAUCGCUAUUAGAAAGUCUGUGCACAGGGCAGGCUUGCAACAGUGCGCACACAGCCUUGUGCUUUUUCUGUGGUCAUUUGGAUCAGACAGAAGAAUUCAGAUUAUUCUUCAGAAAAUAUGCUGUAAUUCCCACUUGAAAUAUGUAAUUCACUUUGGCUACCAUGUCUGUUGGUUUAUGAGUGCAAAGUGGGUACAAGUUAGGAAAAGGGAAUGCAAGACGGAUAGAUGUAGAAAGCAGUAGGGUGGGGCCGUAGCUCAGUGGGAGAGCAUCUGCUUUGCAUAUAGAAGAUCCCAGGUUCAGUCCCUGGCACCUGCAGGUUGGGCUGGGAAAGACUCCUGCUGAAACCUUGGAGAGCCACUGCCGGUGAACCUAGACAGUACUGAGCUACAUGGGCCUAUGCUCUGACUGGUAAAGCAGCUUCCUCUGUUCAGUGUGGAACUUUUUAAUCAGGCUGAACUUUGUGUACACACUCGAAAGCUGAAUGUGCAUGCAAGACAGAGGAACCACCAUGCUUUCUGGCCUCCCCCUGCUGAUACUUGUCCCGGUGUGCAGGCAAACUGGGUUGUGUAAAAUCAGGGUGGAUGGGUAAGAAGGCCAUGCACCAUCAGAACAUUCGGGUGGUAUUAUCUUGCCAACCUUUAGCCCAAAGCGGUGGUCUGUGUCCAGCACAACCAAAGGCAUGGAAGCAAGGCCAUGCCCCACCUGGAUGUUCAGAAGCUACUGCGGCUUCCUCUUGUCUCUUUCUCUACCUGCUUACUGUGAAGUAUUAGCCCAUCUCUUAAAAGGGUCAAGAGGGCAAGGAAGGUGACAGUACAACUCCUCCAGCUUGUUAAGGUUGAUGCAGCUUGUUUGGAACAGUGGAAUGUCUGUUUUUUAAGAAAACAUUUCACAAGAUUAACAUCUGAUCAGAAAGUUUAUGGUCAAAUCUGAAUACUGGCUUAGAUUCUGUGCAGUCCCCUGCUCUUCCAUCAGUGGGGUGCAUGCACUGGCUCCAUGAGUGGAGAGCCCAUUGACACUUCUUGCAAAUGCACAAAGGCUCUGUGGUUCUUAACAGUUGUGUCUGUGCUGUAGGACGCUUCUCCCAUCAUUCCCAAUGGGGUAGGGUCCUACAGUGAUGACACUUAAGACCCACAGAGGCUCUGUGAGUUUGGAAGGAGCGUUGAUGAGCUCUCCACAUUCACAGAGCCAGAGCUCACACCCUGCUGAUGGAAGAGUGAGGGCUGCAUGGUAUCUCGGUCACUAUUGAUAGGAAUGAUCAACAGUAAUGGGAAACCAUCACAUGAAAAAUGAAGGUAGCCAAAAUACAUUCUAGAAGGCCAACUGUCCAAACUGGCUUGGAUUCCAUAUCAGAUUAUCUCAAACAUUCAGAGCACAAGAUAAAGUAUUACUUGUGAGAUUGACAAGAUCUCAAUGGUGUUCAUUCCAAAGGCAAUGGUGUUCAUUCCCUAAAUGCCUGCCUACAGGCAGUAAUGGGCUGGAUGAGGGAUAACAAAUUGAAGCUGAAUCCAAGCAAGAUGGAAGUGCUCAUUGUAGGGGCUCAGAAUCUGAGGGAUGAGUUAGAUCUCCCUGUGCUGGAUGGGGUUACAGUCCCCCAGAAGGAGCAGGUACACAGCUUGGGAGUACUCCUGGACCCAGGCCUCACCCUGGUUUCUCAGGUGGAGGUCAUGGACAGGAGUGCUUUCUAUCAGCUUCAGCUGAUUCAACAGCUGUCCAUUCCUUGAAGAAGACAAACUCAUAACAGUGGUGCACCAGCUGGUAACCUCCUGGCUUGACUACUGCAAUGUGCUCUACAUGGGGCUUCCUUUGUACAUAGUUCAGAAACUUCAGUUAGUUCAAAAUGUGGCGGCCAGACUGGAGAGACCACAUGAUGCCUGUUUUGAAACAGUUGCACUGGCUGCCAAUUAUGUUUCUUGGCAAAAUACAACAAAGUGCUGGUUAUUAUCUUUAAAGCCCUGGACGGCUUAGGUUCUGGUUACCUUAGAGAGCGCCUUCUUUGGUAUGAUCCCCAUCGCUAGUUAAGCUCAUCUGAGGAGGUCCAUAUCCAGUUACCACCGGUUCGUUUUGUGGCGACUCAGAGGCGGGCCUUCGCUGUAGCCGCUCCUGGACUGUGGAAUGCACUCCCAGCAGAAAUCCGUAAUUUGAACUCUUUAUUGGCUUUUAGGAGAGCCCUUAAGUCCCAUCUGCUUGGCCUGGCCUUCCGGGGUUUUUAAAUUGUUGUAAAGGGUUUUAAUGUACCUGGUUUUUCAGGGUUUUUAAACUAUUGUUUAACUGCUGUUUUAUGGUAUUUUAAAAUCUUUGUUUUAAUUGUUGAUUGAUUUUAACUGUCUUUGUUUUAUCUGUAAACUGCCCUGAGCCAGUUUUGGAAGGGCGGUAUAGAAAUUGAAUAAAUAAAUAAAUAUCAUACAACAGU